AUGUCAGCCACCUCUUCUUCGGCUGCUGGUCAUGGUCAUCCUCGAGGCAAGUAUGAUGUCUUUCUUAGUUUUAGAGGUAAAGACACGCGCGAUACAUUCACCAACGAGCUCUAUAAGGCUUUAAAAUGGAAGAAUAUUGAUACCUAUAUCGAUAAUAAGCUUGAAGGAGGAGAUGAAAUUAAACAUGCUCUGGAGGCAGCAAUUGAGCAAUCACAGAUCUCGGUAAUUGUUUUCUCAGAAAACUAUGCCGCUUCUACGUGGUGCUUGGAUGAACUUGUGUACAUAAUGAAAUGCAAGAAAAGCUAUGGACAAAUUGUUUUACCUGUGUUUUACAAAGUAGAUCCAUCGGACGUACGGCAUCAGAAAAAUAGUUAUGAAGUUGCAUUCAGAAAACAUACAAAACGAUUCAAAAACAACCCGGACAAAGUGUGGAUUUGGAAGGAUUAUCUGAAAGAUGCAGCCGCUCUUUCUGGGUAUCAUUCCAAAAGUUACAGGACCGAGCCCGCUUUAAUUGACACGAUUGUCAAACAAGUUUUGAAAAAGUUAAAUUGUAUCUCGUCAACUAAAUCGAGAGGCCUCUUUGGGAUUGAGAAUCAGAUUCAAGAAAUUGAAUUGUUACUAUCCAUGCAAGCAGAAGAUGAUCGGGUACGCUAUAUAGGUAUUUGGGGCACGAAUGGUAUGGGAAAGACCACCCUUGCUAGGGAGGUAUUUCGCCGACUCUAUUCUGAAUUCGAUUCUUGUUCCUUUCUUGAAAAUGUUAGAGAAAAGUCGGAGAAAAAUGGAAUUUAUCAUGUGCGACAGAUACUUCUUUGUCAGUUAUUAAAGGAGGAAAGCCUAGAUAAUGUUGGCACAUCAGAUAUUUUAGAAAAGUUAUCCAAUAAGAAGGUCCUUGUUGUUUUAGAUGAUGUGCACGAUUCAAGCCAAAUAGAAGCUCUACUUGGAGAUCUUGUGUUUCGGUGGGGAAGUAGAAUCAUUAUUACCUCUACCGAUAAGCGCUCAUUGAUGGAUAGAGUGAAUGGUUUAUACAAGAUGAAGAAGUUAGAGAUUGAUGAUGCUCUUCAGCUUUUUCAUUCGAAAGCUCCCCAAGAUGACCGUUCCAAAACAAAUUGUCUGGACCUGUCAAGAAGAGCGGUAGAGAUUGCUAGAGGUGUGCCAUUACUUAUUACAACUAUGAGUUCCUCAUUUGGUGAUUGCAAAACCAGAAGAGAUUGGGGAGAUGUAAUGAACAGGUUGCAAAAAUUCCAGAACAAAGAAGUGGGGGAUAUGUUGAGAGCAAGUUAUAACGAAUUACAAGACGAAGAGAAGGGAAUAUUUCUUGAUAUUGCAUGUUUCCUUAAAGGGAAAAAGAUAGCGGAGGCAGAAAGAAUGUUGGAGAUGCACGGGUUCUCUGCACGGAGCGGAAUUCAGAGUCUCGUCAAUAAGUGUCUCAUAUCAAUUUCAUCGGAUGAUCACCUAGAUAUGCAUGUUCGGCUGCAAGAAAUGGGCCAGUCCAUUGUUCGUGAACAGGGCACUGAUAACCCCGGGCAACGCAGCAGGUUAUGGAAUGCCAAUGAUGUCUACCAAGUAUUUAUAAAGGAACAGGGACAUAAACUUGAAGCCAUAUGGUCAGACAUAUCUACCAUUGAGGAGUUACAACUCAGUCCUAAUGCCUUCGAAAAUAUGCCCAAUCUUCGUGUUCUACGAUUUUAUGCACAGCCAGACGUGGACACCAACAUGCACCUUCCUGCAGGUCUCGAGUUUUUACCUGGCGGCCUUAGAUAUCUACACUGGGAGAGAUACCCUUCUACAUAUCUGCCAUUAGUGUCUUCUCCGCACAAUCUAGUUGAGCUUCAUCUGCCCUAUGGCAAAGUUAAGAAGCUUUGGAAUAAUAAUGGCAAGAAUAUGGAGAAUUUAAAGAUGUUGAAUCUUAAAGGGUGCAAACUCCUGACUGAAGUUCCGAAUUUCUCUCAGAGUCCAGAUAUUGAAACAUUAAAUCUCAGUGGUUGUAGAAAUCUGACUGAAAUAGAUGUUAGAGAGUUGGCUAAGCUUACCACUCUGAAACUUUCAGGCUGCUCAGGACUUGGAAUCUCUAGAGAUAAGCCGGAGAUGCCACCCAAUGUGCGAAAGUUAGAUUUGUCUUACUUGGAGCUGACUCAACCUCCGAAUCUCUCUGGGUGUCCAAACAUUGAGAAAUUUAAUCUGCAUCAUUGUGAGAAGUUGGCUCGACUUCCUCAUGGAUAUUUUAAUCAUCUUGCCAAGCUUACUACUCUUAAUAUGGCACACUGCCCAAGUCUUAAAACUUCUCCUCAGGUGCCACGCAAUUUACGAACCCUAGAUUUGUCCUCAUGCUCUGGACUGACUGAAUUUCUUGACUUUCCUCAGUGUUCAAAUAUCGAGAUAAUAGAUUUCUGUGAGUGCACAAGUUUGAGGCAACUCCCACUGUUAAAAGAUCUUGACAAGCUUACUCGUUUGGAGCUGGCAGGGUGCUCGAAUCUUGAAGGUUGUCCUGAGUUACCACGCAAUAUACAAAAAUUGGAUUUGUCUUCUUGCUCUCAACUGACUGAAGUUCCUGAUCUAUCGGGGUGUCCAAAUAUUGAGAUAAUAGAUCUCUGCCAUUGUACAGGAUUGGAAGAACUUCCGAUGUUAAAACAUCUUGACAAGCUUACUUACUUGGAGCUGGCAGGAUGCUCGAGUCUUGAAGUUUGUCCUGAGCUACCGCGCAAUAUACGAGAUUUGGAUUUGUCUAAUUGCUCUAAACUGAUUGAAGUUCCCGAUCUCUCCGACUGUCCAAAUAUCGAGAAUCUAGAUCUCUGUCAUUGUACUAGUUUGAAGCAUAUCCGUUAUUCAUGUGUUAGAAACCUUGACAAGCUUACUUCUCUGUACCUGGAGAACUGCUCGAGUCUUGAAAAUUGA